CUCCUCUAGCUGGUCCCUCCCUCUGCCUGCCUGCCUGUGCUGUGAUCAGGGAAUCCCCAGAUAUCCCACACACACAGAGCCAUGGCAUCCACUGACGGCUGCAGGAGUAUCAUCCAUCUCCAUGGGGGAACCUGGCUCAUCCUGGCACUGAACCUGCUCUGGAUCUCUGCUGCUCAGUCCUUCCAUGUGUCCAGGCAGUUUGCACCAGCACAACUUCCCAACCCUGGACUUUCAUACAAAACCUACUACUUUAACCAGAAGAUAGACCAUUUUGGAUUUUCCGAGGAUGCCUCUUUCAAGCAGCGUUAUUUGGUCUCAGACUGCCACUGGCGGAAGCCUGCUGGGCCCAUAUUGUUCUAUACGGGCAAUGAGGGAGAUAUCACAUUGUUCUGCAAUAAUACAGGGUUCAUGUGGGAUGUGGCGGAACAGCUUGGAGCCAUGUUGGUUUUUGCUGAACACCGCUAUUAUGGGGAAUCCAUGCCAUUCGGUGACCUGUCAUACAGUGAUCCUAAAUACUUGAACUAUUUGACAUCUGAACAGGCCCUUGCUGACUUUGCUGUGUUGAUAAAGUUUCUUAAAUCGUCCAUUGAAGGAGCUAAAGACAGCCCGGUGAUUGCCCUUGGGGGGUCUUAUGGUGGAAUGUUAGCGGCUUGGUUUAGAAUGAAGUAUCCACAGGUUGUGGUUGGGGCUCUUGCAUCCUCUGCUCCUAUCUGGCAGUUUGAAGAUUUGGUUCCUUGCAAUACGUUUUAUCAAACCGUCACAAAUGAUUUUAAGAAAAGUGGACCAGGAUGCUCGGAAAGCAUCUUAAAUUCAUGGGCAGCUAUUAACCAUUUGUCAGAAACCGGUGAUGGUUUGCAGUGGCUUUCCGAUGCGUUCCAUCUUUGCAGUCCAUUGAAAACCAAAGAGGAUGUGGGUAAUUUCAAAGGUUGGCUAAUUGAAACCUGGACCAACCUGGCAAUGGUGGACUAUCCUUACCCUGCCAACUUCUUGGAGCCUCUUCCUGCCUGGCCUAUUCAGGUUGUUUGCAAAUAUUUGAGGAAUCCAAAUAGUGGGGAGAAAGAGCUUUUACAGGACAUUUUCCAGGCUGUCAAUGUCUACUACAAUUACACUGGAACUGCGCAAUGUCUCAAUACAUCUCAAACGGCUUCAGGAAGUCUUGGCGACCUAGGAUGGACUUAUCAGGCCUGUACGGAAAUGGUGAUGCCCUUCUGUUCAGAUGGAGUAAAUGACAUGUUUGAACCACACACAUGGGAUUUCCAGGCUUACUCUGAUGAUUGCUAUAAGCAGUGGGGAGUCAGGCCACGUGCCUCAUGGAUUACGACUGUAUAUGGUGGAAAGAACAUCACUUCCUACAGCAAUAUUAUCUUCAGUAAUGGUGGUCUGGAUCCAUGGUCCGCUGGCGGAGUGAAAGAGAGUCUUAGCGAUUCUUUGAUUGCCAUCAUGAUUCCUGAAGGUGCCCACCAUUUGGAUCUGCGCUCUAAUAAUGCAUAUGACCCCAAGUCAGUCCUGCAGGCUCGUGCAAUGGAAGUGGAGUACAUGAAAAAAUGGAUUCAAGAAUCCAGAAAUAAUUAAAGUUACUCUUAUUGACCUUUCCUAAUCCUGCAAGUCAGACUAUAAUGAGGAUAUCCGGGUGAAAGUGAGAACUUUCUCAUUGUACUCAGGACCGAGUCUAAUAUUUUUGGGGUUCCAAAGAUUUCGAAAUACGUUAUUUACACUCAUGGUAACUUUGUCCUAGCUUCCUAUGUUUUUUUUUUUUUUUUUUUUUAAACAUUUUUUACUUUUAAUCAUUAAAAUAAAUGUGGGACUAAUUACAAUUCAUCCACAGUAAGUCCAGUCUGCUUGAUGAGCCUGUUCGUUUGAUUCGUGAUUUGGAGUAUCAUCUGUGGCAGAAAUAAUGAGAUGAUUUGAAGGGAUAAAAA